AUGGACCUAUUGAAGGAACGUGGUUUGUAUGUUCAGCAAAUCAAAGUGAUUUCUGUGAUUGCUGCACCUCCUGCACUAACAAAGCUUAACGAGAAAUACCCCAGGCUUCAUGUAUAUACUGGAAUUAUCGAUCCUGAAGUCAACGAAAAGGGGUUCAUAAUCCCUGGGCUUGGAGACGCUGGAGACCGCAGUUUCGGGACAUAA